AUGUCACAGGUACGGGGAACCCCUGUGAAAAAGAAGCGUCCACCAGUGAAGGAAGAAGACCUCAAAGGAGCGAGAGGAAACCUUUCCAAAAACCAGGAGAUUAAAUCCAAAACCUACCAAGUGAUGAAGCAGUGCGAACAAAUGGGCUCUGCGGCACCCUCCAUCUUCAGCCGGGAUCGCACAGGGGAUGAAACAGUCUUCGAGAAGCCGAAAGAGCCAGCCAAGAGCGUUUUUGGCUGA